AUGCCGCCGCCGCCGCCGCCACAAAAUCCGGCGCUGCCGGAAGAGCUUAUCGAGGAUAUCUUCAUCCGCCUCCCGGCCGACGAGCCCGAGUUUCUAGUGCGCGCCUCCCUCGCCAACAAGCACUGGCUCGGCCUCCUCACCGGCCAUCGCUUCCGCGGCCGCUACCACGACUUCCAUGGAUCUCCACCCAUGCUGGGCUUCCUUUAUAGCUGGCCCCCGGACCACGCCCCAAAGAAGAAAAACAACAUCCCGCACUUCGUCCCAACCACUAAAUUCAACACGCGCAUUCCCGACGAACGGGAGGACGCGGUCUCGAAGUACUCUACAUGGGACUGCCGCCAUGGCCGAGUUCUUUUCUGCGACAUGGAUAUGGUACCUAUGCAGCUCACCGUCUGGAACCCCAUGACAGGGUGCCGGACGUUGAUCCGCGCCCCGGUGGAUUACCAUAGCCAAAGGGCCGCGGUGGCCUGCGCGGUCAGCGGCUGCGACCACCGCGCAUGCCACGAGGGCCCCUUCCGGGUGGUGUUCGUUAGCCUGGGCUAUGGUGAUGGUGGUUGUGUUGCCUACGCGCACGUGUCCUUGCCGGAGAUGGGUGAGUGGAGCCAGGACUGUUCUACUCUUGAUCUUGAGGCCGAUGAUGCAUCCAUUGUCGACAAGCCCUCCGUCUUCAUCCAAGAUGCAUUUUAUUUCAUGCUUACAUAUGAUUACGAUGAAGAUGAUGACGAUGACGAUGGUGAUGACGACGAUGAUGUCGAUGAAAUAGUUAUUCUCAAAUAUGACUUGGCCUUUAACUGUCUAUCACUCGUCGUUGCGCCACCAGUGGAGGCUGGCCUAGCUUGUGAUGCUAUCCUCAUGGCGAUGGAGGAUGGCAAUCUGGGGUUUGCAUAUGUGGACCGGUUAAUCCUCAACUUGUGGUCAAGGCAAAUGGGUUCCAGCGGGGCUGCAGCUUGGAGUCAGCGUAGAGUCAUUGAUCUCAAGGAACUUCUCCCUAUUCAAAAUCCAAAGAAAAGAAUUCGACUGAUUGGAUCUGUGGAGUGCCACGAUAUCAUUUUCGUGACCAUGGACGUUGGCAUCUACGAGAUUAAUAUCAAGUCACUACAGUGGAAGAUGCUAUGGAAGAGAGAAAAUUUCCGUGCAUUAUUUCCCUACAUGAGUUUCAACAAUCCCUGA